AUGGUUUUCCUUCUUCUGCUUUUGUUUCAGUUAGCCCCUUGUGUGACAUCAUUAGACUUCAAUUUCUCCACCUUCCCAAAUGGAAAAAACACCAUAUCUCUGGAGGGAGAUGCUCGCAUCGAUGGAGAAUCCCUCCUACUCACCAAAAGUGCUGUUGACGACGUAAAGGAACAAAGCGUGGGCCGAGCCACCUACAGUCAACCCUUCCUCCUCCGCGACAACGCCACAGGAAAGCUUGCAGACUUGACCACAAAUUUCACAUUCGUCAUCGACUCCCAUGGCAAAACGCCAUAUGCUGACGGACUGGCGUUCUUCAUAGCGCCAAACGGGUCCUUACUCAACGGCACAUUAGGCAGAGGAGGCAGUCUAGGCCUUGCCGUGGAAAACCCGCAAAACAACAUAUCAAAAAAUCAGUACUCCUUUGUAGCAGUAGAGUUUGACAUCUAUCAUGAAGUCACCUCUAUCCAAGAUCCCACGGGAGAUCAUGUCGGGGUUGACAUCAACACUGUCAAGUCUAAGAUGACCGAACCUUGGAAUGGAAGUAUUGCAGAGGGUCGAGUGAAUAGUGCUGGCAUUAGUUACGAUUCUACAUCAAAUGGUCUUAAUGUGGUUUUCACUAGUUAUGUGAAUGGUGUCCAAGUGAUGAGAUAUAUUGAUUGCAUGGUUGAUCUGAAUAAGAUUUUGCAAGGUUGGGUGAUUGUUGGGUUCUCUGCUGCAACAGAUGCUACUACCGCUCUACACAAGAUCAACUCAUGGAGCUUCCAUUCAACUCAACUGUUUGAUGAAAAACCAAAGAACACCACACCAAAGUCUGGAAAUGGCAUCAAUAUUGGACUAGUGCUUGGGUUGGGUAUUGGUGGACUUGUUGUCUUGGGUGGUGGGUUGGGUUUGGUUUGGUUCAUCUGUAGGAAGAAGAGAGGGGAAAGUAGUGAUGAAGAUGUUACGGUGAAUGACUCGAUUGAUCAGGAAUUCGAAAACGGCAUAGGCCCCAAAAAGUUCUCGUACAGAAAAUUGGCUCAAUCAACGGGCAAUUUUGAUGAGGGACAGAAGCUUGGAGAGGGAGGAUUUGGUGGAGUUUACAGAGGCUACAUAACAGACCUGAACUUAAAUGUUGCGGUGAAGAGGAUAUCAAGUGGGUCGAGACAGGGGUUGAAGGAGUAUGCAGCCGAAGUAAGUAUCAUUAGUAGACUUAGACAUCGGAAUCUUGUGCAACUGAUUGGUUGGUGCCACGAAAGAAAACAACUCCUACUUGUUUAUGAGUUCAUGUCCAACGGCAGCUUAGAUUCCCAUUUGUUCAAAGCAAAGAGCUUGUUAGCUUGGGACGCAAGAUACAGAAUUGCUCAAGGCUUGGCAUCCGGGUUGUUCUAUCUCCAUGAGGAAUGGGAACAAUGUGUGCUGCACAGGGAUGUCAAAUCCAGCAAUAUCAUGUUAGAUUCAAAUUUCAACGCAAAACUUGGGGACUUUGGAUUAGCUCGACUCGUGGACCACGGAAAACAAUCACAAACUACUGUUCUUGCUGGAACCAUGGGCUACAUGGCUCCUGAAUGUGUCACCACAGGAAAGGCUAGCAAGGAAACAGAUGUUUACAGUUUUGGAGUUGUUGCUUUGGAGAUAGCUUGUGGGAGAAAACCCAUUGAUCCCGAGUUUGGAACAAGUAAAAACAUGAUGGUAGAGUGGGUUUGGGAGCUUUAUGGACAAGGGAAAGUUAUUGAAGCAGCUGACCCAAAAUUGUGUGGGGAUUUUGAUGAGAAACAAAUAGAGUGCUUGUUGAUUGUUGGGUUGUGGUGUGCUCAUCCAGAUUACAAGAUCAGGCCUUCGAUACAACAAACAAUUCAAGUGCUUAACUUCGAAGUUCCAUUGCCUAUUCUCCCGUCAAAGAUGCCGGUGGCUAGCUACUUUUCUCCUCCGCUGUCAUUUUCAAUCUUGUCUGGUAGUACUGAUUUAGAAGGAGGUCCAGGUUAUGGCUACAACACCAAUUCCUCACAGUUCACCACAUCUUCUGCAUCAAAUUCUUCUGCAUCAACAUCACUUUUGUACUCAAAAUAA